GUCGGAUGAUGAAACAGAAUGACACAGAUUGGUGUUGGAGCCCGGCAAGGGGUUAGCGAAGGGUCUCACCUACAAUGUUGUACACCAUCUGAUUGUCUUUCUGUCCGUUUCUCAUCAAUUGGACAUAUUCCGCAGAAAUUGCGACAUUGGCUAGACUUCUCACGACUUUGUUUUUCUCUCCUUCCGAUCUGCCAUCGACUGUGCAUAUUCUCAUUUCUUUCAUCCGAACCGGCCUACACAAAAAAAAAGAAAAAGAAAAUCCAUGUGUCUCGGCAAAUCGCGAACUUGAACAGACAAACUACAUUUCGUCCGAACGGCUGAUCAUCAACACUUUUCAGUAAAUACUUACACUCGGAAUUGGAUAUGCAGCCAGGAGAAACAUCCAUUACAUUCCCACAGACACCACCUCAGACGCCGUUCACGGAUUUGAUACCCAACCAAAACAUAGCCAUCGUCUCGCAGUUCCGGCUGACAUCGGGUGUCCUGCUGACGGACGUCCCACUGGCAUACCGUACAUGGGGCAAGCUGAAUGACGAAGGGACGAACUGCAUGGUGAUCUGCCAUGCGUUGACUGGCUCGGCUGAUGUCGAGGAUUGGUGGGGCCCGUUGGUCGGACCGGGCUUGGUGUUCGACCCGACUCGCUACUUCAUCUUCUGCGCCAACGCCCUCGGUUCUCCCUACGGAAGCGCUUCACCUGUGUCUAUUAAUCCCAAGACUGGGAAAAAAUGGGGCCCCGAAUUCCCCUCGACUACGAUGAGGGAUGAUGUCAACCUUCAAAAGAUUCUACUGGAUCACUUCGCCGUCCGGACCGUCUCCGUCGUCAUCGGGGGUAGUAUGGGUGGCAUGACCUGUCUCGAAUGGCCUCUCUGUACUCCACCCGGAUACGUCCUGAAUAUUGUACCAAUAGCCACCUGUCCUCGACACUCUGCUUGGGGGAUCAGCUGGGGCGAAGCCCAACGACAAUCCAUCUACUCAGAUCCCAAGUAUUGUGAUGGGUACUAUGAGCAGGACGAUCCGCCGGCCAUCGGACUAGCAGCCGCACGGAUGGCCGCACUAUUAACCUAUCGCAGUCGGGAUAGCUUCGAAUCUCGCUUCGGUAGGAAACAAGUCUUGCCGAAGCCUAGUUCCUCUAGCUCUUCAAUAAAUGCCAAUUCUAAUGGCACCACCGCAAAGCCUUCCACUCAACGAGAGCAGCUCAUCGAGAAAGCUACCUUGGAAGCACUCACCGCUCACAACGAUGGCAUCGUCUCAUCGCAAGCAGUUACAUCCUCUCCACAACCAGUCGUAAAGAGGAACAACAACAGUCGCAACCCGCCGAAGAUUCAGAUAUCUAUGCAAUCAAAGCACCUUGUCAAAUAUUCUCCGCCCAAUCAUAUUUGCGAUAUCAAGGGGACAAGUUCGUCGGACGAUUCGAUGCGAAUUGCUACAUCCAUCUCACCCGUAAACUGGACAGUCAUGAUGUCGAUCACGGACGUGAAGGAGGACCCGCUUUGCUCAAAAUCCCGCCCGGCGCGUUGGUCGUGGCUAUCAAUUCGGAUGGCCUGUUCACUUUGGUCGAGCAGCAGGAACUUGCUAAUUCUAUUCCAGACGCCCGGCUGGUUGUUGUUGAAAGUACUGAUGGACACGACGGGUUCCUGUUAGAGUUCGAACAAAUCAACCGCCACGUUCUUCUCCAUCUCCGCCAAAGACUACCCCAUCUGUACGGCUUUGCAGGAAGACCAGCAGAUAACGAAGGCCUGGCCGCCGAGCCCGUCCCCAGUGUAGAAUCCAAGCUGCUCAAACCCAGUCUUUGCAGCGAGGCUGAUGGCGGAAGCAUCACCGAUUGGUGACCUUCAUUAUCAUUAUCAUUCUCUUCUUCUCUCGCAUACGAAAUGGUCGUUCUCCUCGACUUGCACACUUGUGUUUCUAUAUCCUUAUCUCAUACCUAUCAAACCAAAAUCAACUCGUUCAAAGUAUAAUAUAACCAAACAGCCGAAAAAAAAAACCUUGAAUUGAAUGUUGGGGGG